ACACCGGACAUUUUUCUGUACUUCUUCAUACACACACACACACACACACACACACACACACACACACACCGUCCGGCUGCAGAGAUGUGCGUCCUGAAGUCCGCGAUCGCGCUCGCGCUCACCUGCCUCGCCACGAUGGCGUCCGAGUGCGCGAGCUCACCGGCCGACAGAUGCGGGGUACUAGGGCAGUGUGCUCCACAGAACUCGAGCAGGAGCGCUGAUCUGGUUAACGUGUCUCUGUAUUAUGAGUCUCUGUGUGGUGGUUGUCGCCAGUUCCUGGCGUUGGAGCUCCUGCCGACCCUCAUCAUGCUGAGAGACAUAAUGACUGUGGAUCUCGUCCCGUAUGGCAAUGCAGAGGAGAAGCAGGUGGGAGAAAAGUAUGAGUUCACCUGUCAGCACGGACCAGACGAGUGUCUGGGGAACAUGAUUGAGACGUGCUUAAUGAAUAAAUUGGGCGGGGGUGCGAUUCCGGUGAUUUACUGCAUGGAAGCAGCUGAUGAUGUGGUGAAAGCGGCCGAACCUUGUCUCGCCCUGUUCAGCCCCGAGACCAAAUUUGGAGACAUCAUGUCGUGUGUGAACGGUGACGAGGGAAAUCAGUUAAUGCAUCAGAACGCCAAGAAAACCGCAUCUUUACAGCCACCGCAUCAAUACGUGCCGUGGAUCACCAUCAACGGAGAGCACACUGAGGAACUGCAGAAUAAAGCGAUGAACUCACUCUUCCUACUCGUCUGCAGCCUCUACAAGGGUGAUGCUCCUCCAGCAUGCUCUCUGGGACAGAAGAAGGUGAAGAUGAGUUACUGCUGAACAGUGUGACUGUAAUCCUGACUCAGUGACUCAGUGAUUCAGUGACUCAGUGAUUCAGUGACUCAGUGAUUCAGUGACUCAGUGAUUCAGUGACUCAGUGAUUCAGUGAUUCAGUGACCCAGUGACUCAGUGACUCAGUGAUUUAGUGAUUCAGUGACUCAGUGAUUCAGUGAUUCAGUGACUCAGUGAAUGUAAUGUGGUGGUGUUUUUUUUUUUUUACUCGCUGUACAGCAUUCAGACACACUUUAAUAAACUUUAGUUUUUAUUCACUUCA